AUGGCUCGUCACAUCAUCGAAGUAGCCCACCUGCACAGCAACGUCCCCUGCCACAGCGAUUGUGGUGAAUACUGUGUUGCCAAGGUUCUCCCAACGAUGGCAAAUCUAGCCAAGUUCAAGGACACCCCGCAGUGGGCGAUCGCGGACCCCGCUCAUCGAGCCUGCGAGCUCGGGCACGGUUGCUCUGUCGUUUCGGACGACAAGUUCUGCGUCCGUACAAUUUGGCAUGCCAAGCUGAACCACGCGUAUGGGCGUUGCGGGCCGCACACCAACAGUCCCGGUCAUGCUCUGUGCCGCGACUUCUCGGAGGCCGAACGUCAGCUGUAUCCAUCCUGUGCCGAUUGUGGUGUACUUGUCGAGUUGAAAGAUUUGAUUCUCGUGCACCUCCGCCUUCUGGAAGAGGAAGAUGACGACUUGUUCCUUGAAAAGCACGGUCUGGAACGUUUCGAGAAGAAGCUGUUGGAACAUGCCGAGGACCUGCAGGCGGGACUGUCCGCGGUACAGGCGCCGGGAGGCUUUUCUUCUGGCGAUUGCCAGCGUGUCUGGAAGGGCAUUCACGCGGGUCCUCUUUGGAAGAGGCUUGGAAGCAAACUUCAUGGGGUGCUUCAGGCACUCAGCUGUGCUAAGUAA